UUACUCAAGUCUAUGGUUUUGAUAAGCGGAAGAAAUUGGAAAAAUGAAAACUAAAAGAAAUUAUAAGUUUUUUUUCUGCGAACUGCAAAAAGUGUCUCUUGUGAUACAUUAAACUAGCGUUCUAUUGUUUUUGAAAGAGAUUUAGCCGAAGGAUUUUCGUGUUAUAAUAAUUGAUGCAAAUCGAAUACUUCGUAGCACAUAACGCACUCGCAUGAAGCAGAAUACGUUAAGCAAAACUUCACAAUGGAGGAACGAGGAAAUGUGUCAGCUGAUACAAGCUUCCUCAUUAUACCCAAAACGGAAAUUGGAGAAGAAUUAGAGAUCACGUUUGAAAAUGACUGUAUAGACAAUAAAGACUUUAUAAUACCAAAAAAGGAAUUCUCCGGCUCGAGUCAACACUCUGAUGAUGAAUAUCUGAAUAAACCAAUAGAACUGUUAAUGCCAAUCAAGAAGGAAAUAUUUGAAGAAGAUGAGUCAACCGACUGCACAGAUACUAUAUUGGAUGUGCCUAACCAUGUCACAUUACAAAUUGAAUUUGAGCCCGAAGCGAAUGCCACCGAAGACUGCCUACAAACACUAGAUCCGCAGUUUUCGGAUACAUAUCCCCAGAUCCAAAACGCUGCCAAGGAGUUGAGACUUAACGCGUGCAGCCUCUGCGAUUACACGUGCAAAUUCAAAAGUAGAUUACUCCUGCAUAUGAUGACGCACACGGGCGAGAAACCGUUCUCUUGCGACCAAUGCGACAAGAAGUUCAUAAAGAAACACCAUUUAAACGAUCACAGGAGAACGCAUACCGGCGAGAAACCGUACGCCUGCGAGCUCUGCCAGCGGAACUUCAUACAAAAGCAACAUCUUACUGACCACAUGAGGACUCACACUGGCGAGAAAUCCUUCUCGUGUGACAUAUGUCUCACCAGAUUCACAAAGAAAUGCAAUCUCAACUCGCACAUGCUCACGCACACCGACGCGAAGCCGUUCUCGUGUACAUUGUGCCCGAAGACGUUCGGACAGCAGCGCCACUUGAACUCCCACAUGAAAACGCACGCGGGCUACAAACGCUUCUAUUGUGAGAUAUGCGAGAAGAAGUUCACGCAUAAACGCUCCCACAUGAGAAUACAUUUCAGGAAGCAGCCUCAUACUGGUGAUGAAAGUCACGCGCAAACUAUCGUUAAGGUUGUCAGAAAAUCUCCCUCGCCGAAGGAAGGCAGGAAAUACGGUAGAGCUGUGUGUAAAAAAAAGGCAACCGAGUCCCACAGUCGUAGUGUUUAUAAAAAGGCUUCCUUAUGUCCACCCCGCCGCCGUAAAGCUGUUAAGAAGACUUACUCUUGCAAUAUUUGCGACUAUAAAUGUAAAUGCAAAAGUACGCUGGUGAUACACAUGAGCACUCACAACGGCAGGAAACCAUAUAGUUGCGAGGAAUGUAUCGCCAGUUUUACAUUCAAGCGUAAUUUGACAGCUCACAUGCGCUCUCACGCUUCUGCAAAAUGUUUUUGUUGCGACAUAUGCCAGGCGGUAUUUAAAAAUAAAGCCAAUUUAAUUUAUCACAUGAAAACUCACAUGGGCGAUAAACCUUUCGCCUGUGGACAGUGUCAGGCUAAAUUUAUUCGCAAACACCAUUUAACUUCCCACAUGAGGACCCAUACUGGGGAGAAACCGUACUCUUGUUCGCUGUGUGACGCGAAGUUCGCAGUAUUGAGCACUUUGAAUAAUCACUUGAAGGCUCACUCUGGCGAGAAGCCGUACUCUUGUCUCUUGUGUCAGACUAAAUUUGCAAACAAACACGCUUUAACUGUCCACAUGAGGUACCACACUGGCGAGAAACCGUUUUCGUGUGGCGUAUGCGAGGCUAAAUUUACAAUUAAACAAGGUUUAACGAGUCACAUGAGGAGUCACACUGACGCCAAACCUUUUCCUUGUGAUCAGUGCGAGGCUUCGUUUAAAUACAAGCAAAAUUUAACAACCCAUGUGAGAACCCAUACCGGCGAGAAGCCUUAUUCCUGCACAGUUUGUAACUAUAAAUUUGCGCAAAGUAGUGCUCUAGUGAGGCAUAUGAAGACUCAUGUUAGGUAGUCUUUAAUUUUUCGUUCAUAAUGUUUCUUAAAUACUCAUGUGGACAUACGUAAAGACAGUAUAAACAAUAAUGCAAACACUGACAUUUUCUGGUUUAUAUUCUGUUAAAAGUGUCACUAUAAUGCCGUGGUAUGUAGUGGCAUCAAAUGGCAUAAAAACGGAGUUUUAAGUUUGUCUACAUCGUGGAAAUGAAAACCCAAACUAGAAAGUCUAAAGGUACAUUAUGUACUGUCUCUUAGAUUUAUCUGUGAAACCGAAACCUAAUAGUUUUGAGUAAACUACUGCCUCAGUUUUUACUGAAAG